AGCCACCGAUCCCGGUCCGCCCGGGCCGCCCGACCGGAGCGGAGCGGAGCCAUGGCGGAAGCCGAGGUUUCAUCUCAUGUGCUCGUCACCGAGGAGAAACCGAGGAGCUUCUUAGAGAGCGAUGUGACCGAGCUGCCCGUUUGGAAUGUCCUGUCUCAGAAAAUGGAGGCGGAAGCCGCGGAGCACACGGCGGCCAUUGCGCGAUUGAGCACCUUGAUCGAAGAGGCGAUCACCCGACUCAAUGAACGGAUCGACUCGGUGUCGCAGGGCCGGCCGGAGGAGACUGGGCCCACUGCGUCGGCCCUCGAGGAGCUUCGUCGAAACAUGGCCAGGAUCUCGGAUUCGCAGCAUCAGCAGGAAGAUCGCAUACGGGCGCUAACGCCUCCAGGCUGCAGGCUUUUGGCCGCUAGGAGCGUGUUGGUGUGUAACUGUUGGAGCUGGCCUGCCUCCAUUCAUUGCAUGCACAAAGUGGAUCAAAUGGAAGGGACGCAAACCAUCCUUGAGCGGGAUCAGAAGGCGACCUUUCGAGAAUUCUCCAACAGCGUGAGCGAUUUGAACAUCAAGCUGGGAAAUCGCACGAGAAGUCUGGAGGAGGGCCUUCAAGCACUGCAGGAGGUGGCAGCAUCUUUGGAGCUUGACCGGGCGAAUGGGGUGGCACCAGGUGAGAUGGGAAAUCGAUCACACCUUCACCAACCUUCAGGUGAGGCAGAGGUGGGCCUCCUGCAUCAGGC